AUGUUGCCUCCUCCAAAAGCGACGCUUCUUCUCCUGUUUGUCCACGGCUUCAAGGGCCAUGACCAUCACACUUUUUUGGACUUUCCAACGAGGAUCAUGACCAUCUUUACAAAUGCAAAACUUAACCUGGAUGUCGAGUCCAUCGUCUACCCACAAUAUGAUACCCGAGGCGACUUUAGCGCUGCAGUGAAGACGUUCGCGGAGUGGACUCAGCAGCAGGUCAAGAGUCGACAAGAAUUUAAUAAUCGAGUGUACAGUCCGAGGCAGAACGAGGCAAAGGAAAUGAAGCCGAGUGAGAUGAAAGCCGACCAAGCAGACAUUGACGAGAAGACUGUUGCGAAGGAGACCGAGGACAAGAUACCCCCAGUCUUCGUGUGUGUUAUCGGUCAUUCCAUGGGCGGAUUAGUUGCCGCGGAUGCUGCGCUACUACUGCAUUCACUACCUGAAAGGUCGCCCGUCAUUGGCAUUUUGGCGUUCGAUACGCCUUAUUUUGGGUUGAACCACACCAUUUUCACACAGGCAGCGUACGAACGAGCGACAGGAUUGGCACAAAAGGCCUCGGGUGCAUACUCGCUCGUGUCCGCUUAUCUUCCUGCAGCUGCUGCAUGGGGCACAGUGUCCACGACCACUACGAAGACCUCGAGUGACAAUAAGGAACGCGAAGAGCAGAAAAGGGAAGGGGGUCAAUCAUCAUCGACAGCCCCGAGUGGCUUCAACCCCACGUCGUUAUGGUCCGCAACGUCUUCUAACGAAAAGACGGUAACGACAACAUCAACUUCGAGCUCAAAGUGGGGCUGGGGUUCGAUUGCGCUCGGAGUUGGAGCCGCAGUGGCAGCGACGGGGGCCGCAUAUGUUGUCAACAACCAUAUGAACAAAGGAAUGGAGUACAUCACGUCCCACAUCCAGUUUGUUGGUAUCCUGUGGAGUAAUGCCCAGCUUAAACAAAGGGUUGCAAACGUCCUGGAACUGCCCAUCGGAUUCCAUUGUUUCUACACCCAGAUCCAGAUCCCGGCAAGCUCCAGCAACAAUUGGAGGCCAUCAUCCAGAACGUUUGUUGAGCUCUCAUCGAUCCCUAAUGGCAUACGGGAGCACUUUUCUGCGCGCGAGUGCUCGGGACAGGAUGAAAUUGAGGCUCAUAUGGAGAUGUUCAAUCCGGGCAAGAACUUCGACUACUACCAAAUGGGCGACGAAACUGUGAAGCGUAUCAAGGUCAUGGUCGAGGAUGCUUUGAAGCGAGAACCCUAA